CUUUAUCCAAAGCUAACAUAAUUUCUCAGAAAAGAUAUACGGUAGAACUGGAAUUUAAUGAUAAAAAAUCAAAUCACUGGCUUUUAGGGGAACAUGAUUCCGAUUCGUUGACCGAAUGCGCCAUGAUGUGUCAAAAGAAAUGUAUUUUAUACGGUUUCAAUCCCAUGCUGAAGAAAUGUCGUACCCACAAGAAGAUCUUCACGACGGAAGUGUCUAAUGAAGGAGGCUGGGGAUACUAUACAGAUGUCUCAUCUCGUUUAGAUUGUAAGGAUCUUCAUAAUGACGGCAACUCUAUUUCCGGUGUGUACGACAUUUACCCGUAUCGAACCAUUACCAUUCCUGUCACAGUGUAUUGUGACAUGACGACAAUGGGCGGGGGAUGGACGGUAAUUCAAAAACGAAUAGAUGGAUCCCUGAAUUUCUACAGGCUCUGGAAGGAUUAUAAAGAUGAAUUUGGUGCCCCAGAACAGGAUUACUGGAUAGGUAAGUGUACAUCUCUUUUAAAUGGGGACUCUGAACCAGAACAGGAUUACUGGAUAGGUAAGUGUACAUCUCUUUUGAAUAGGGACUCUGAACCAGAACAGGAUUACUGGAUAGGUAAAUGUACAUCUCUUUUAAAUAGGGACUCUCAACCAGAACAGGAUUACUGGAUAGGUAAGUGUACAUCUCUUUUAAAUAGGGACUCUCAACCAGAACAGGAUUACUGGAUAGGUAAGUGUACAUCUCUUUUAAAUAGGGACUCUCAACCAGAACAGGAUUACUGGAUAGGAAAUGACGUAAUCCAUCUGUUAACAAAAGAAAACAACUCGUUCCUUUAUGUUUCGAUCACUCUCGAGAAUGGUACAACGCUGUAUGAAAUGUACGACAGAUUCUCUGUCUCUGACGAAGCAGGAAAAUAUCAGCUCUUUCUUGCAGGACCUGCCACGGGAACCUUAGGUGACAGUAUGCUUGACACAGGAGAUUCUAACCACGAUCUGUCAGGGAUGUACUUUACCACCCCUGACAAAAAUAACGACAGAGAUAGUGUAUAUAACUGUGCUGUUAAUUAUGGUGGCAGCUGGUGGUAUAACUCCUGUCACGCCGCAUUCCUUAACGGUAAAUGGUCCCCGGCGACCUGGAAGGAUCCAUGGUAUCCUAUACUAAAGAGUGGAUCACUGAUCAGGGGAACAAUGAUUUUAAUAAAACGCCACUAG